AGCUGGUUAUAUAAAUAUGGACACUACAGGAUUGCCGAUUACGCAGUGUAUAGAGGAAAGACUGUCUAGCAAGGCAGAGGAAUUCCUGAACGGUCCACCUGAUAUUUUACAAGAUGAAGCCUAUAUUGUUAACGUCGAUCUGUAUGAUAAAAGUAAUAACCCCGAUGGAUUUAUUAAACUUGGAAUAUCAGAGAGCAGACUAUGUGAGGAUCUGAUGAUAGCCAAGAUGAAAGAACUACAGAAAACGGAAGAAGAUGCUAGUUUAGUGUAUUACAGUGACACUAGAGGCUCACCAAAAUUCAGAACAGCUAUGAAGAGAUUUCUAGAAAGAUUUUUUAAACCAAAUCAUGCAAUUGAUAUUGAACAAUUACAUUCUAUGGCACCAACGUCUAUGCUGGAAAUGCUAGCAUUUUGUUUGGCAGACCCAGGAGAGUAUAUUAUGACCCCGUCACCGUUUUAUUAUAAUUUUUAUGCGGAUGUUAUGUCUAGAGCUGGGGUGGACAUCGUAACAGUACCUGUAGCUGGAAUGGACAAAGGUUCAUCUGUAUCAAUCAGUAUGGAGCAAAUGGAAGCAAGUUACCAAGCAGCAACACAACAGGGAAAAAGGAUCCGGGCUAUUAUCAUAUUUAAUCCUCACAAUCCAGUUGGUUAUAUUCUCACCAAACAUCAGAUUCUGAAUAUACUUCACUUUUCUAAUAAAUAUAAGCUACAUGUAAUAUUCGAUGAAAUCUAUGCACUAUCAGUGUUCAACCAAGCCGAGUUCACCAGUGUUCUUUCAUUAGAUGUUCCCGAUCCCCAGCGGUUACAUUUUAUCUACGGCUUGAGUAAGGAUUUCGGUUUGUCUGGUUAUCGAAUGGGAAUACUGUACUCCAGAAACAAGAGGGUUUUAAAGUUCUGUAGAUUUAUGGGAAACAGAGCUCUAUCUGCUGGUCCUAUUGAUUUCAGAUCUUCACAUCUUCUUGAUGAUCUAGACUGGAUAGAGAACGUCUAUGUUCCUACUCAUCAAUCGAGGCUACAGGAAGUUUUUAACAAAAGUAAGAGCAGAGUAGAAAAACUUGGUUUAUAUGUCUUCCCAGCUCAAUCCUGCUUCUUUCUCUGGAUCUAUUUUGGAAAGUUUAUGAGGCAGAAGAGUGUGGAAGAAGAAAGAAGAAUUGGUCUGUUAAUGAUAAAAAAUAAGAUAUUUCUGUGUUCAGGCGAGGCCAAUUUCUCACCAGCACCUGGUUGGUUCAGACUCACUGUCACUGUCGAUCAGGACGAGCUCGAAAUAGGUUUACAAAGGUUAGAGAACGUGGUUACUGAAUUGGAAUUGGAGAACAUAAAUAUCGGUAUUCACAAGUUACCAGAAUGAAGUGAAGUCAGUAAUUCAAGAAAACCAUAGGUGACUCAAAUAAUAACAAGCUUUAUAAGCCACUGCAUGCAUAAGAAAACACAUUAGAUCUUUGUCUAAUUAUAAUAAUGGAGUAAAUAAAUAUAUCAAUUUUCUUUUGUGAUUGUAGAUCACAGUUGUACAUUUUUAACAUAAUAUAAUAGCCAUUCGGAGAAAGUCAACACAAAAUCAUUAACGUCAGUCAGUGUUAGUUAAUAUAACGACCGGAAAAAAAAUAGUUAUUCUU